CAGCGGAUCCAAUCCAUUAUAUUCUCACCCCUUUUCUCCACCCACCUCGUGCCUAUAUAAGCCGUUUUUUUCUCGGAGUUGGGGAUUUUGUCGUAAAAUCUCUCUCUGGUUUUCCGUCGUCGUCUCUGGUUUUUCUUGGAGAUUCGCUCGGCCGAUCGCCGAAACAAGCACUCGGGAGGCCAUCGAAAAAUCGGAAGAACCUUACAAAAAAAAAAAAAAACGGAAGAAAAUUAGUAGCGAAGAGAGCACGGAUAUAGGAGAGCCGCAGCUUGGCUUGCUCUUGAAGACAGGCACGACUUAAGAUGCCUUGUGGCCAUUCAAGGACCAAUAGCAAUGUCGAAAAGGUUGCAGAAAGAAGAAGUCGCACCUUAUUCAAAAGAUCUUUAGAUCAUAGCAAGUACAAGUUUUGUUCAAAGGAAUGCGAAGCACCUGGACAUGCCUCGAGGAAUUGUGAGCAGAGGGGCAUUAUAUUCACACUGGUUGCCCUUGAACUUGAUGCAUACUGGAAACUGGCACCUCUUUUACCAUCCUUGCAAGGGGUUGAUGUAAGAAACCAUUUGAGAUCUGGAGCUCCAUCAGACAUGGAUGGUCUUGGGUCUUCAUCGCCACCACAGGCAAUUAUUUUCCAUCUUGAUCUGCCAAAAGAACAGAAGAUCAAUCUGCUUGAAUGUACGGAUUCUACAAACCCACUUCUAGUGUGCAACUCUUCUAGAGGAGUUGUUUUGGGAGAAUCUAACAACAGGAAGUCCAAGCCUUUCAGUAACUCCUCUGGUACUCGCACUGGGUGCUUGGUGUCGGACCAUUUCUCCGGUUCAGUUUGUGAUAGUUUGAAUGCAGUUGAUUCAGAUUUCUUGGUGAGUGAAAUUCCCAAAGGGGACAAGUCUGUGAAAAGAAAUUCAAGAAAGAAGGGGAAAAAGAAGGGAAAACAGUACAAACGAGCAACACGCAAACAAGUUACUAGUGGAUUAGAAAUUCAAAAUGAACAAAGUGUAUGUAGUCCUGUUUCUGAUACCACAACCAACAGUGAUCUGGUUUGUUUGGGUGAGCGCACUUCAGAACAUAGUGAAUCUGAGAAGGCAACCUUCCCUAGUUUGUCCAUUGAGGAUACUACUGCGGAGAAGGAUGAUAGUGAAAACAAUAAUAUAUACACAGAUUGUCCAACAACUUUAAUGUCAUCCACAUCUUACAGUGAUGAGAUUGAUGAGUCUGACCAAAUAGCUUCUUUGUCCCAGGAAUCUGCUGGCAAGGAAUCCAGCUAUGACAGUGCCACUUCUGUGAAUAAUGCAUCAAACACUGCUCAAACACCAGAAAUAGUUUUAACAAUCUUUGAUGAGAAUAAUAAAAAUGUCAAUCUGAAACAAAAUAGUAAUUUCUCUGACAAUUCUCCCAGCAUUUCCUCGGAUUCUUAUAGUACUCCAAUGCUAGAUUCAUAUCUAAAUGAUUGGAACAGUAAUAUCAGUGAAAACUCCAUUGAUGAUGUUGAAACUUUGUUAUCUGUCAAGGAUGCAAAUGGACUUAGUUCUUCAGGAGGAGGAAUGACUUCAGACUCUAGGAAUUCUGACACUUCAUGUCAUACAGCUAUAAAUUUAUGUGAUAUGAAUACUGAAAUGUUAAGUGAUGGUUGCAUCGGUAACUCUUGUUGGUCAAACGAUGUUGUCAAUAUUUGUAAUGGUACUGAAAGAGCUCAAUGCAGUAGUGAGGCCUGUAGCAGCAAUGACUUCCUUCCUGUAUCAGGAAAGAGAGGUAGGCGCGCUAGAAAAAUGACUGGUGUAAGUCAAAAUGGGCCCAAUAGAUUUCAUGGUCCCACGGGAAAAGAAAAUAAUCAUUCAGUCUGGCAGAAGGUCCAAAAGAUUGACACUGAGGCACCCAUUCAUGAAACAGAGGCCAUAAAAGCUGUAGCUCCUCAGGAUAACACUUCAUCAAAAGGUUCCAAUGCAAGGAUUAGAUCUGGUACAUCUGUGGGGCUGAAACAAAACCAGAGUGGAAAACCCCGCAGAAAUUCUUCUUCAGAUGAAGUGGUUAAGGCAGAUUUGUGCAAAGUAGCCUCUGAUACUGUUAAUACAAGUGAAGUAGCAUCAAAAUUGAUAGAUGGAAACUCAGUGCAUCAUGGCCGAAAGAAAGCCAGUUCAGCCUUUAAACAGGCAUAUCAAUAUUCUAGGAAGGCAUCUUAUGCAGCUAAAGUUAGCAUGAACAGGGCUUCCAAAAACCAUGUUCCACCAAAUGAAGGAAUGCCGAUCUUGCCACAGGUGAAUCAUGGUAAGCACAUUAGCACUGGAUUAAGAUCACCAUGUAGCGCUGAUUACCAACAACUUUUGGCUGCACCAGCUGACAAAAUUGACCAUUUUCACCCAGAGCCACAGCAGAAGGCACAGAAUUAUAUCGAGGAAGUAGCAUCAUCAGGAAAUAGUGAUGACACGGUAUGUGGUAUGAGCUCUUCCACUGCUUAUGAUGAUAUAGGUGCAUCACCAUCAGAUUCUUCGGACCAAGUGUACGUUGAAGUGACUUCUGAUAGCAGUAGCACGAAGUACUCAAGGGAAGAGCCUUGUCUUACAGACUCUGAAGGAAACCAAUGUUUGAAAUUAGAAACUGAAAGUUCACAUAUGGAAUGGAACAAACCAGAUGGUGGUACUGGAUCUGUAUUGCAGAAGUGGGUCCCUGUGGGAAGGAAAGAAUCAACAGUGUGCAAUAUGAGCCAUUUAAAGAAUAUAAAGGUCUCUGUUGUGGAAGAUUUGGUUCCUGAUAAAUCGGACUCAUGGAAUGUUAAAACAGAGGUUUCAACUUCAAAUACUCGGCACUUCACUCCUUUAACUGGGGGUGGGUUUCCAUGUUCCAGUCCCAGAGCUGAAGAUAAAGUUUUUUCUUCUGUUGAAGCUGAUCAAGCAAAUAGUAUAUUGAGAAAUCACUCUCAUGUGGCUGAAGAAUCAGGUGGUGCGCUUGCUGUGUCCAACUGUCAAAGUCAUGAGGUGAAAACUCAAUGCUUUUCUAGAUCUGAGACUGAUUUGGAUAAGAUAAUAGAGGCUGUUCAUGAUGCCCACAAAUUGCAUAUUGUAGCAGACAUUGCUCACCUAGCCUCUGGCAGUCCGCUAGCUGACUUUGAGGGAUUUCUUUAUUCUGCCUCACCAGUUAUUGGACAAACACAUUCUAUUAGAAGUUGUAGGACUUGCUUUAAAGAACAACUGAUCGGUGACUCAUUAUGUUCGCAUCAGAUUCCUAGCAUAUCUUUGAAGAGCCUCUGGCAGUGGUAUGAAGAACCUGGGUGUUUUGGAUUGGAGGUAAAGGCACAAGAUUAUCACAAGUCAAAAAGGUUGCAUAAUGGUUAUUCUGAAUUCAGUGCAUAUUUUGUACCUUAUCUUUCUGCUGUGCAAUUAUUUGGGAGAUCCAGGAAUACCAGAAAUGACAGCCCUGAUGAAGUAGCAAUAGCUUCUGAGGUGGAUAAGAGAUUAAAAACUCCAUCUAAUUUAUGCUCCCUCCCAAUUUUCUCAAUGCUACUGCCACAACCUUCUAAAGUAAUACAUACGUGCUUAUCUGAAUCAUCUUCUUCUGCCAAAGAUGAAUUUUGCGAUCGGUUGGAUAGAAGCGCAUGUAAGGGUGAUGUGGAGCUCAUUUUUGAAUAUUUUGAAUCUGACCAACCUCCAUGGCGACGUCCAUUAUUUGAAAAGAUAAAUGAGCUUGUUGGUGGUGACACAUUAUCUCAUUGCCGAGCAUUUGGAGAUCCGCUGAACCUGGAAAGCAUCAACCUGCAUGAUCUUCAUCCUGCUUCAUGGUAUUCUGUUGCAUGGUAUCCUAUAUAUCGUAUACCAGACUGCAAUUUUCAUGCUGCAUUUUUAACUUAUCAUUCUCUUGGCCAUUUUGUUCACCGAAGUUCCUCCUCAAAAGCAUCUGAUAGCCUCAGCUGCAUAGUUUCUCCAGUCGUUGGUUUACAGACUUACAAUGAUAAGGGAGAGUGUUGGUUUAAACUGAAGGACUCAUUUUCGAAGGUCAUCCAGAAUGAAGAAGCUCAAUAUUCCAAUCCUUCAGAAAUUUUGAAAGAGAGAUUGAGGACACUUAAGCAAGUUUCAAAUGUAAUGGCAAGGGCCUCAGUUUUUAAGGGCAAUCAGAGAUCGGGAAACAGGCAUCCGGAUUAUGAGUUCUUCUUAUCACGGAGUCAGUAGAGGGCUGUUCCUUUUCCUUUGAGCAAAAGGUUCCUUCUCUCAGUUCUUUGACUAGGCUAUGGUCCUUCCAUUUGUAAUAGAUGUAAGAGAGCAGAGCUAACUUAAAGGCUUUUAAUUUUUGUCGGGGGCAGGAAUCUAACCUGAAGUGCAAGCUCUUGACUUGCUACCCUCUUUUUUUUGUACAUUAUCUAUAUGGAUCAUCUUCAUAAUUUCUUUUAUCAAUGCUCUAGUUGUAAAUCAUUUGCAGUCCCCUCAAA